AUGCCUUCUCACAUCGAAUGUUCAAGGCCCCAACGGCCCUUCAAACGCCCUAUCAAACACUCUCUUGACAAGAGCGACUCUGAGUGUCCGCAUUUAAGCAAGCGCCAGCAGCCAAUACCGACCCCACCGACACCUGGUCAUUCCCUGGACAAGGCCACUCGACCAAGCAGCCAUCAAACUGUCUCUUCGACACGGACAGAGACCUCUUGUCCUUCGAAAAAAUACGCCCCCAAAGACGUCAACCCUGCAUCCAACCAUAAAGCAAAGAAGCGCCGCAUUGACGAUUGGUUUGCAGGACUCCUUCCUAUUCGCGCGAGCAGUUGCCCUCCACGUCUACUUCCCAGCGACCCACCUAGUCUCAGCCCGGGUGAAGGACAGCGGCCAUUGCUCGAAGUGCUUCAAGGAAUGUCAGAGCCACAGACACAGAGACUUGGGCGAGGAUCAACCGGAUCCACUCGAAGCUCGCGGCCACCCACGUCCCACCCCGAUUAUCGCUCGAUUCUCCGCAACAACGGCGUAUAUAUUGACCACACUGGCGCAAAGAUAUCACAAGAGCUGCAGUGCUUCCUUGAUUCGGAUAUCCUCAAGGAGCGGUCCGCGUCCUUAUCGCCUCAAGCGAUUGCCGAAGCACUAAAUACUGCUGUGGAGAUUGCGGACAGCCCAGAAGGCAACAUAUACGACCUAGUGGGUACGGCUCUACUCCCUAUCAAACGCUCUGAUGUCGGGCGCGGACGCAACACACCCUGGUAUACCGAUGGCUUGCCGCGGAAAGAGGCUUUUGACACUCCUCUGGCACAGCCAAAGCCUGAUGUUCACUGCGGUUACCUGACGGGCCAGAGAUCAACUUGGACUGUCGAGGAGAACGCAGUCAUCGAUCAUCAACAAGCAAGACGAAUCACGCAACCAGCUAUAGGCAACUGCUUUCCAUUUUUCGUGUUCGAGAUGAAGUCAGAGGCCAUGGGCGGGAGUAUUUGGCAGGCGGAGAACCAGGCAGCGGGAAGUGGCGCUUGUUGCGUUAGCGCUAUGCGCUGGCUUUUCCGAGAGGCAUAUCCCUCCGAAGACCAGUCCGUCGUCGAUUCGAUUGCUUUUUCGGCUUGCGUCACUCACCGAGAGGUCGUGCUUCAUGUUCAUCACUACUCUGUAGCAGAGGAUCGCUACUACAUGUCUUCAAUUGGCACCUUUCAGACUAUGCGUGACGUCCAAGCAUGCAACAAUAUAGUAAAAAAUAUCUUCGAGCAUGGUCUAGGAACCCGUCAAAGGAAAACCCGGGAUGCUCUCAAACAACUGUACCCUUUCCCGAAGCAUUGGAGAAAGACUCGAUCCGCCAGGAUGAUGGAAUUGGGGGUCCUUGGGGCUGACAAUGAAGAAGUGGCCACAGACAGGAGUAAGCGCACAGAAUACGAAAGUUGA